AUGACGUUGAGUGGCAUCUUUUGUAAUCUUGCACGUUUUAACCCCAUGAAAGCCGUUUUGUACUACAAUUUCAGAGACGAGAUGGAAGACAUAGCAGUAACAAUGCUCGAUGCAGCCACCAAUCACACUCAACAACCUCUAAUAAUAACAGACAAGCUACUAGCUACUGCCUUAGACAAAAAUCAGAAAAAGGUGAUUGGACAUACAAAAAUGCAGGAUUAUUUAGCUCUGCAGUGGUGCGGGUCAAGGAGCUUCUCAUUUCAAACCCUUCUUUAUGCUAUCUGGCUGAUAUCAGUGUAUUGUAUCAAGCUGACACUAGCACCGUUUGUUAUCCCCAUUGCAGCAGUGCUGUAUGGUAGAGAUUUUCGGAAACUAGUAUGGAGACGACUGUUCGUGUGUACUCCUUCCAUUGCUAGAUACGCGACUACGACACUCGUGUAUUUAGCCUUUGUGUCUGUCAUAAUGUAUGACUCGGUCAGCACAGCUGGACUUCGUGAUCCUCGACACUUUCUUGUAUCGGAUUAUGUUAUGACUGUUUUCCUAGCCGGAUUUCUGCUCAAUGGAGUGUGUAAGCUAACGAGCAGUGGACCAGCCACCUACUUUUGCAAAGUCAAGAAUCUAAUGGAUAUAUCCGUGAUUGUGUUAUUUGCUAUCAACUACACAAUCAGAUUUCAUAACAAGAUUGUCUAUCAUGAUACCGACCUCAGAGAUACAAUUGAUUCGAUAUCUCUGAGUCACCGAGUGGCCUCCCUUGCCUAUGCUCUGGGCAGCCUAUUGGCUGUUCUUCGUGUUCUUGGAUAUCUUCAAAUCAUUUACAGCAUUGGACCGAUUUUGACUUCAUUCAGAAAAAUCACCGCAGCCACUACAUCAUUCAUUUUCAUUCUACUUGUCUUUCUCAUCGCAUUUGCUGUCGCACUGACGAACGUCUAUGCAGCAAACUCGUAUAGUCUAAGUCUUGAUAUUGUCCACGACUGCUUACAUCAAUCCAAUACAACAAAGCCAUUUAUACAGAACGCACUAAGUCCGCCUGCUGCGAUUACUGGAUGCAUACAGUAUGCAAUGGAAUUAGCUGACCCACCUCUACGACCUGCUGUUGCAGCUGAUGUUAUCAAGUCUGCUGUUAACCUCGUGUGGGCUACAUUUGGCUUGAUUGAGACAGACGACUACAAGUCAUACAACAAAAUCGAGACAACUAUAGGGCAAUUUCUUCUUGCCAUGUGGCUCGUAUCAGCAAUCAUUAUACUCACUAAUAUGCUGGUUGCCAUGAUCACAAACAUCUUUGAUAAAGUUCAAGACAACGCUGACUUGGAGUGGAAGUUCACACAGGCAGAAGUGAUCUGGGAGACAGUAACAGUACCAUCCGUACAACCACCAUUCAACAUUCCGUAUUACGUAGCAAUGACUUUGGGAUACUUGAUAACGUUAUGUCCACUAUGUCACUGUACAAGAAAAAUUCAUAACAUCGAAAGCGAAGUAAGUGAUGAUCCCCUUGCAUCAAGUAUCAACAGCAAUCUAUCUCUGUGGGAAGCAUACCAGUCAGAAAUCAAAAAAAGGAAGCAAUCAGAACCAGUCACUAAGAAGAAACUAGAACGUCUACAAGACAAACUAAUUCAGGAGAUACAAUCUAUAAAGAGGGAGUCUCGAGCAGCUUACAGUAGAAACACGACGAGUUCUGACAGUGGGUGCUCAACAGACCAACUUGACUCAGAUGUGUUCACACUCUCAACAGGACAAGAUAUUAGUCACACAGUCGAGCACAUGCAGAUGUACUUGGAAAAGCUAUCGGAAGAUAUAAACAAGGUCAAGAUGCAAUUGCUCAUGACAGAAAUAAGAAAAACUCCUGUACCUGUGUAGAGCGGCUAUGAACUAAAUGAAAACAUAUUUUUAUUCUAGUAACUUAGACUGCACGAAAUGUGAUUCCUACCACUGCAAAUAUGGAGAAGAAUAAAAAUUCAAUACACGAAUGGCUAUUGCAAUAGAUAUAGAAACCACAUGUAUUAUUACAUCAUCAGUUCCUAAUGAUGCAACAGGUUGUGGUCACAAUAGAAGGCAUGUGGAUGGCACUGUCUACUAAAACCAUAUUGUUUUAUUCCAUUGAAUGCAAUACAUUGUGCUGCAUGCAAAUUUAUCAAACACACCACCCAUAGGGCGGGUCCUGCUAGUUAAUAUAUAGUAGUGGUAUGGUUGCACUUGACGUGUUUGUGUAAGAAUGUUGACAAAAGUUACAUUGCAUGCCUCAGCAGGCCAGACCUUUCCAGCAAUACAAGUAAGCCCAUGCAUACCACAGGAUUUGUUGAGAAGUCUGUUUUCUAUUAAAGUAAAUUUCUGUAGUUAACAUAGAUGUAAAACAUUUGAAGGUUGUAGGGCCACUAAACAUUAUAAUCUUGUGCAAAAAAGUUAUGCUUUAUGUUCAAUUUGGAGGUGCAGUAAGGAAAAAAAGACU